AUGGCGCGCAGGCUGGAGGAGGCUGUGGAGGCGGCGGGGGAGCAGGACUACUGCGCCAGGAUUAUUGCCUCCGAUGCGUCCUCUUCCUACCCAGCUGAGGUGACCCGGGGAGCAAGAAGGCUGGUGGGUGGGGAGAACGAAGGAGAGGCCGGGUGGGGAGGUGGCGGCAGAGAUGAUGGGGAAAAUGAGGCGGAUCUGGAGCUGGGGCUCAGCCUUGGCGCCACCAAGGCCGCCGCCGCCGUCCCCAGCCAUCCCGGCGGCGGCGGUGGUGGCGGGAGUGGGGAAGCUGUUCCGUGGAGAGACUACUGUCGGAUACUCACAGCCAAGGACUUCCCGUCCAUUGUGGUCUCAAGGGGCUCUCCCAUUUCUUCCUCCUCGUCGUCUGCUUCAUCCCCCAACCUUGGUGGAGGAGGAAGAGUCGGCGCCGCUGGCGUCUCUGGGACGAAGAGGGCUGCCGACUCUGCUUCCCCCCCGGGCAAAUACCUCCCCGCCAGGUGAUUUCCCCUGCUUCUUCUUCUUCUUCUUCUUUUGAUCUGCCCUAAUCGUUUCCAUCUCUCAUUGCCGUUGGCCUUCUGAGCAGCCAGGUGGUGGGAUGGCCGCCGGUGAGAGCUUACAGGAUCAACACCCUGAUGAACAACUCCAAGAACAACUCCGACGACGGCGGUAGCAAAGACGACCGCCGCAAGAAGGCCUCCGCUGACGCCGUCGCCGCCGUCGCCGCCGCCCACCAUAGCGCCGUCAAGCAGAACCCCACCGGCAAGGAUCAGGCAAAGAAUGGGCCGCCCCACGGGGGCUCUCGCUUUGUGAAGGUCAAGAUGGACGGGAUGCCCAUCGGCAGGAAAGUGGACCUUAGCUCCCACUGCGACUACAAAACCCUAGCUCUGGCUCUAGAGGACAUGUUCGAGGAGCACUGCUCCCUCAGUAAUCUACCCAGUGCGCGCCCGUCACUGCCGCCCUUCUCUCUUCCCCAUCAGUUUCGACUCAGGAAUGAGACUUCUCUCUUUCUCUCUCUGCUUCUUGAUGGUAGGCGGCAGGAGGACCUUGAAGCUCCUGGACGGCGCUUCCGACUUCGUGCUCACCUACGAGGACAAAGACGGCGACUGGUUGCUCGUCGGGGACGUCCCCUGGGGGUAUACAAAUCUUAUACCCUACUUCAUGGACCAAUCCUAGCGAGGAACUGUGAAAAUCAUAGGAAUCCUCUGAGGUCCUUAGAUUGCUUUCUCGACCGUCUCUCAGUGGGCUCCCUCCGGGAAGCUCCGCCCCCUCAGAAGACUGACGCAUCCUCUGUUCCUUAGGAUGUUCGUGAGCUCCAUUAAGAGGCUCAGGAUCAUGAGGACGUCGGACGCCAGAGGCCUUCGUGAGUCUCCUCUCUUCCCUCCAUUAAUGAACUCCCAGAUCAUGCAAAUAAAUGUCUUCUGGGUUCAGUCUCCAUCGCUGUGUUUCAUGCAUACACGCUUCGUCUCUCUGCUUCCAUGGCAGCAACCUGCAAGCUCGGUGUACGACGCGUCUAGCAUAUCCAGGAACCUGAACGCCGGAGAGUGGAGCGCUGGUGAAAGAACUGACGGGGAGGAGAAAAGAGAGUUCGAUCGACCGAGAUCAGUCGAUCCGUUUUUGCCCCAUUUAGGAAAGUGGGUUGGUGGUUUGGUGGUUUGGUUCUUGCUUUCGUGGCUGUAAAUGUUAUUCUGCGUUGCCGGGCGGCCGGACGACCCACGCCCAUGAAUAUUAUUCUCUCGCCGGCUUCCUAGUCAACCUCCAUAUCCCCCAGACCCGACGAUCUUGCCGGCGUCGCUACAGCUGUUAUGGGUCGACCCGAUGGUGAUAGGGCGGACAUUUUCUUAUUCACCCUGUUCCCCCUGCCGGUGGUCGGAGAUUUCUUCCGGUGAUCUUCUUGCUUCAGAGGGGAACCAGAGGCAACAGAUAUUUCGCUAUUGUUAAUGGCUCCUUUCGUCUACUCUGCUGGGUUUUUAAUGGCUUCUCCUUGGCCUCCUCGAGGAUGCCCGCGUGUCGGCCUGCGCAGCUGGGGCUUCGCCGGAGCGCUCGUCAGAGGCGGGGCAGGUCCCGCGUCAGGUCGCAAUUCCGGCGAUUAAAAACUCCGCUCGCCGGCAAGAUGCUGCUCUGCCGUCUGGCGGCGGCGCCGCCGGUGGCCGGAAACCGGCGUGGGUGA